AUGGACAAUUCGCCAUAUCCGAGUGGUGUCCCACCCGACCGAAGACGUCCACCAAAUCAACAUCCUAACCAUCCAUCUCUUCCUCGCUCGGAUUUCGACUCAGGGAUCUCCAACACUGGUGGAAGGGUCGGGUCUAGCAGUGGAGACCAUGACAUGGGAAGAAAUGGAAAUGGAAGAAGUGAUUUAGGUGGCGGCGAGGAUAGAAAUUUCCCUCAACGUUCUCAAAUCAACGUUUCUCAUUCAUAUCAGCCAUUCACUGGUUAUCAAAGUCCUCAAAUGGAUCUUCCCCCGCAGACUGCCCAACAAUCUCGAGUCUUGCCACCUGGUCCACCCUUUGCGGCAUAUAAUGUCCCUCAGCUUCGAUCCGCACCUCACGGCUAUCCAGAGACUAUGCAACAGCUAUCGUCCCCUGUGACAGCACAUCGUUAUGAAUAUCCAAUCACACAUCAUCAUCCCAAUCCUAUGGGCGGAAACGUUCUUGCUCCAAAUCCUUCUGGAGAUCAAGCACAACCAAAUUACCAACAACCAACAUAUGGCGUCAAUCCCAGAAGGAGAGAAUCGAUGCCUGAGAUUCCCAAUAAGGAUCUUCCGAAUCCGCUGUUCUCUCACAGACCGAUAGCGAGUGGGAUCGGACAUGUUCAGAAUGGUGCUAGAAACGGACACGGUUUGCAUCCUCACGGUCAUUCCCUCGGUAACGCUCCGUUGUCAUCCCCAACUCAACAGAUGUCAUCAGACCAUGGUCAUCGGACCUGGCAACCAGUGACAGCCAUUACACCUGCAUCUGCAACACCGUCGACUCCACUCUCAGCAAGCAGUAGUAAGCGGUCCAAAGGGAGAAACGCGGAUUCCCGACUUCCCGAUGACAACCGUCAGGAAACGAACCAUCCCGCUGCUCGCAGGGCCGGCGCUGGUUCAACCAUCACCGAUGAAGAGGGGUCGUCUCGUCCGACUACCAGUGAAACCUCUAUGGGACUCGAAGAUACCAAUCAAAGCACUGUGCUCGUGAAAGAUUUCUCGUCGUGCACUGCCGCGAAUGCUAGCAAUUAUCAGAGAACCGAUGAGGCCGGCGAACCAGACUUGGAGCCGAAAGAGGAGUUUGAUGAUAAAGUGGACCACAGGAAGAGAAAGCGGAAUAGAACUAUACGGAGUUGUGUUCCGUGUCACAAUCACAAGCGAAAGUGCGAUAGACAGAGACCGUGUGGUAGAUGUAUUUCAUUGGGUCUUACUGGAACCUGUGUUUACGAGAUAGAUGAAACGCGAGAUAUGAAUGAUCCCGAUAUCGCUGAGAAUGAACGUCUACGCCGGCGGAUUGACGAAUUGGAAAAAGUAGUACGAGAGUUACGCCAAAAAGCGCCGGUCCGCAACCAGAUCUCCACCGUAGCUGUUCGUCCUGCAGCAGGCUCAACGAGCACAAACUUGGAGACUAGUGCAGGCGAGGACAAGAAGCGGCGUGUGAUUGUAGAUCGGUUUGCUCGUUUCAAGCUAGAUGAAGCGAAGGAUGCGGAGAAUUCUGCUGCAGCUGCUGGAAUUGGAAAUAAUAGUUCGAACCCCCCUUUUUGGGCGCCUCAAAGCACCAUACAUCCAAAGUCUGGAAUAAACCGCACGUCAUUUAGCAACUAUUCUCCUCACCAGGAAAUGACAGCAGGACCAUCAUCUGGUAGCGCGAAGAAUGACUACAGGUCAGAGCCUUAUCAAACUUAUCUUUUACCAGGAGAAGAGAUGUCGCAAGACAAGGACGGUCGAGAAGUCUACCUCGGUGCUAGCACUGGUAAAUCAAUGCUCCGAAGGCUUCGCGAGCUGGCUGCGGCGAAAGGUGAAAGUGAACUUCUCUCAGUACCUGAGGAUGUGGCUUUCACUGGUGUAUUUCCGGACAUACGGAAAACCUUUCCUUUCACCACAAUAUGGAGUCACGAGAAUUUCAGUGCCGAAAUCACUGGCUUACUUCCAACGGUGGGUCAGGCUGAAACACUGUGGAACGCUUUCGAAGAUGAUUAUGCUGUCUUUUUUCAUCCAUUUCACGUCCCAACUAUUCAUGCAGAAUACUCUGCGUUCUUUUCGAUGUCGACAUCGGAUAAAAUGAAUGUGCCACUUUCAUCCCUCGCCUUGUAUCUCAUCAUCUGCGGCCUUGGGUGUGUGAUCCGAGCUACUACGGCAGAGAUUUUUGGUGAUCCAGACGCUCGGGUCGCUCAACAGAAUAAUCCUAAAAAGUCCUCACAACGAAAUACCAAAGAUCUGACUUGUAGUAGGCUGCAGAGCGAAUUAUAUUUGUCCGCAUCUCAACAGGCUUUGCGACUGUGUGCGUUUCUGGCUAAUCCUUCGAUGCCAACGAUUCAAACCCAACUUCUACACAUGGUUUAUUUAUUGACCAGCGAAAGGGCUGCAGAUUGCUGGACUAUCGGAGGUACCGUUGUGAAACAGGCUAUAGCGUUAGGGCUUCACAAAGAUCCUUUGAGUUUGGAUCCAAAGAUUUCCAUGCGAGAUGCUGAGAUUAGAAGACGACUCUGGUGGUCUAUCGCCGGAUUCGACUGUAUGCUCUGCCUAUUCUUCGGUCGACCUAGUACCAUCAACUAUUAUUCAACAAAUCUCCCUCAAGAUCGUCCUGAUGCCAAUCUAGCAGACCUCCCAGGCAGUGCUCAACAAUAUCUGCCACCUUCCAAUGUACUGUCUAACGAGACCACAGAACAGACAUAUCAUGCCGCGUAUUACCAAUUGACCAUUCCUUCCAUCGAAUUACUUGAUCGAAUUUUCACUGUAGAUAGAAGAUUCAGUCGAUCAACGAUAUAUGGGUGGUUUUCCCCACCUCCAAAAGAGGAUCAAGGUCCAAUUCGUCAAGAAGAGGAAACCCGACAUACUUACCAAGAUGCAGUGCGUUUAGCACAUGACAUUAGUCAAUGGUACUCACAUCUACCCUCAGGAGUAAGGUUCAACGAGAAUGAUACACCAGAAUUUCUACUUGGGUCUAGAUCCAGAAAGCAGUUGAAUCAAACUUUGAUAUUAAGCAUGAAAACUUGGACUUUAGUAAUGGUUCUUCAUCGACCUUAUCUCCGUCUCGACCCUUCUGCUUAUCCAGAAUCAACGGAGAUUUGUGCACAAGCAACCCAUCUGAUUCUGAGGACAUAUAAAUCAAUGAUGGACACAAAGAGUACUGUGUCUUGGUCUUUCUGGACAAUGAGCUACAGGUCCUUUCAAGCAAGUGCCGUUUGCGCUUUCUUAGCUAUCAGACAACCUGGAUCCGAGUUGGCGGACAAAUGUUUGACCGAUCUAAGAGGAGCUCUUAGGAUCUUCGAAGAUCGAUUGUCUACUUGGAAUAUCACUCAUCCUGUUCAGGCGGAUCUGUGUGAAGGAUUAGUUCAGCUUGAGAAACUCGUAACUGCUGCUACAAAACAGCGUCAUGAUCCUCAGCAAAGUAACGUGAACAGUACUCAUUCCUCGUUAACGUCCAUGUCGCCUAAUCUAUUCGGUCUUUCACCUAACGCUUUCGCCGCGGAUGUCAAUUUUGCGACUCCCCUAUCACAGAUCCAAGCUUUUCCACCUAUACCUAUGCCACCUCCAGCUAUCGGAAUUGGAGGUGGCAAUGCAUAUUAUCCACCCUCAGGAGGAAGUUAUGGUAACAAUAGCACGAAUAAUAACGGCCCCGGUAAUAAUCAUCCGGGCAGCCAGCAACCUGCUUAUUCCAGUACCAACCAUCAAGAGAAUGUUGUCGGUCACCUUGCAGAUGAUUUCAAUGGCCCGGAACCCAAAGCUUUACCUCAAUUUUGGGCUCACAUGUUCGGAAUAAAAAUGGAUAAAGACUCGGAACCUUCAAUGCCUUCUGGUUCUGACUCGACGUGGUAA